AGUUUUCCGGAAAACACACAACCGGUGGUGUUUCGCCGAGUACGUAGCCACGAGGAACAAAGCUCAGCGCAAGGGACGCACGGAAACAUAAACAUGCAGAUCUUGAAACUUACCAUCCUACUUGCCGCUUCGGCCAUGUCCAUGGCUGGAUACCUGAGCGGCGGUGGGCUCGGCGUCACCUACGCUGGCGGCGGGGGCUAUGGCCUUGGCUACGGAGGCCUGGGCUACGGUGGUGUCGGCCUGGGCUACGGUGGCCUGGGUUAUGGCGGCCUCGGUUACGGUGGCCUAGGCUACGGUGGUCUCGGCUACGGAGGCGUCGGACUUGGGGGCCUAGGCUACGGCGGUCUCGGCUACGGCCUCGGAGGGCUUGGCGGGGGACUGGGAUACGGCUACGGUCUCGGAGGCCUGGGAUACGGCGGAGGCCUGGGAUACGGCGGAGGCCUGGUGGCCGCUGCUCCAGUCGCGGUCGCCGUGGCGCGCCCUGUGGCUGUCGCAAGGCCCGUAGCUGUCGCUCCCCAGUACGUAGCCGUACAGAGGCCAGUGGCCGUCGCUCAGCCGGUCGUGGUCCAAAGGGCUGUAACAUACGCUCAACCUGCGGUCCAGAAGGUCGUCGCUGUCCAGCGUCCCGUCGCAGUGGCCGCCCAGAAGGUAGUCAGCGUCUCUCGUCCUGUCGCAGUUGCCCAACCAGUUGCCUACGCUCAACCAGUCGCUGUCGCCCCAGUGGCCGUCGCUGCUGCUCCAGCCGUAGGCGUCGUCGGAUACGGUGGUGGACUGGGAUACGGAGCAGGGCUGGGAUACGGAGCAGGGCUGGGCUACGGAGGCGGACUCGGCUACGGCGCUGGACUGGGAUACGGCUACGGAGGUCUCGGCUACGGCGGAGGACUGGUUGGAGUUGGCUACGGAAGCGGCCUCAGUUACGGCCUUGGUUAUGGCGGGUACGGACAUGGCGUGAAGCCCGGCUACAGUCUCGGCGGGUAUGGCUACGGCUACGGCGGCUACGACUACCUCCGCAAGAAGAAGUAAGCACCUUCGGCGUUGCUGCAUUGUGUGGUUUGAGUGUGACGUCAUCGGAUGAGUCAUCAUCUACAGUGUGGUGCUUGCGGACUGUGUGGGAUGAGUUCAUGCGCACAGAGAACCAUAGUGUACAGAAAAAUAAAAGCUUCGCAUGUA